AUCUUGACGUCUAUGGGCCAGUUAUGUUACUGAAAGUUGUUAAUUACUUUACAUAGGAUGGUGAAUUCUGAGGAAGAAGCAGCUGGUGUGUUGAGCCACUUCUAACUGAGGACUGAAAAUGCCAGCAGUUGAAAGCGAGGCAAAAGCGAAAACCAAAGUCCGCUUUGAGGAAAUCUUCAGGCGUCAUGCUGGCCUAACAGACACAAAGAAAUCAAAGAAAAAGAAGUUUCAGUCUCAAGAGAAUAUUGUGCUUGACACCUUUAGAAGUAAUAUUGAUCUAGCUAAGGAAAGCGUCAAUGAUGAAGCAAUUAUAAACAACACAUAUAAUCCUGAAGAAGAGAGUCCCCGAUUUACAAAAAAUAAACUGAGAGAGAAAGCCUCAAUUGCAGAGAAAAUAAACAAUGAUAUUGUUAGUGGAGAGGAGAACAAGCAACCAAAGUCUAACAAGAAAAAGAAAUCACUGUUACAAGAACAAUUUAAUGAGGAGGAAAAUUUAUAUGAAGCUAAAUUGGAGAGUUUUGAGAAAAAGUUUAAUGAUUUUCCAAAGAAGAAAACAAAAAGUAAAUCACAAACAGAUGUACCUCAUCAAGAAGGUGAUAGAAAGAUUAAAAAUUCCUUGACUGAAGCAAGAAAUGUAACUGAAUUAGAAGAGGAAGAAGAGCUAAUUCGAGCCUAUCAGCUGCAUGUGGCAGAGGAUGAGGCAAAUGCAAUUAAAAAGAGAAUAAGAAUGAAGCUUAAAGAACAGAUGCCUGAAUUUACCUCCACUGUUCAAAGCCAUGAAGUUGUAUUGAACAAGGAAGCAGGCAAAAAGAAGAAAAAGAAGAAAGUAGCGGUUUUAAGUGAAGCUGAAACAAGUGCAAUGUCCCUUUCUGAGCUACAGCAUCAUCCAGCAGAAACUAGCCAUGAAGAUCAGUCAUUGGAAAGACUAUUUACAUCAGAAGUACAGAAACUGGAGGAAAGCAUGGAGAAACAGAAACCUAAGGCAAAGAAGGUUAAAAAGAAAACCAGAAAAGAAGAAAACACAGAAGUUGCUGCAGAAAAUGAUGAGGAAAUGAAGAAUUCAGAAAUUUCAACUCAGUCUAAAUUUGGUUUUGAUGAUGAUCUUGUGUUGGGAGUUUAUAUCCAUCGAUCUGAUCGACUUAAAACUGAUCUCCUGGUAUCUCAUCCCAUGGUUAAAAUCCAUGUGGUUGAUCAGAGAAGUGGCUUAUAUGUCAAGAAGGAUCAUAGCAAGAGAAAAGUUUCAUCUUAUUAUGAACAAGAACAGAUAGAGCAUGUUCUUCCUAUCAUGACACAACCAUAUGACUUCAGACAGUCGAAAUCAACAGUUCCAGAAUGGGAGGAGCAAGUCAUUUUUAAUGAGCGUUUUAGUUAUUUUAUUCAAAACACUGAAGAAAGCCCUCGGGUAAUCCUGUUUUUUGAGAUCCUUGAUUUUCUAAGUAUGGAUGAAGUGAGAGCCACCUCUGAUGUACAAACUCAGGAAUAUGGUUUCCGAAAAAUUUGUUGGGCAUUUCUAAAGGUAUUGUAA